AACACGAAGAGUAAAAUAGUACGUCUACAACAAUAUACCGUGGUCUAUGGUAAACUGAAUCCUAUGUACACUACGGAGAUACACUGUUUAAGUUGCUGGAUAUGAACAGUACUGCCCCGCUGAGUUUAGAAACGGACAUUGCUGGCUUGUCUCUGUUACAUCUCAUCAAAACCCUGCAGUAACUGACUUAUUAAAACUACUUUCUGUCUUACUAAACGUUCUGUGUUUUCACGGCAAGAGCAUGACCUGGAAUUGACACAACUAAACUAUGAUUGCGUCUAAAAUGACUUAAUUGAGAUGUUGGAAUCGCAACUUUUGAAACAAGUCGUCAAUAACAGCUGGGAGAAGGAGUGGGCCGUCCUUCGGUGGUCCUCCGCGGAGGGAGGGAGUGGGCGGAGUGAUCUACACAGAACAACAACAACACGUUCCACCCCGGUGACGCAGUCGGUUGCUAGGUGUGAAUGAACUGAUGCUUUGUCUCGGCCAGGCGGCUCCUCAGUUUACAGGUCGACCACAACAAAGCAGCAUCUUCCCCUCUCUGUUUUUGUGCGUCGUUCCGGGGUUAUUCGGAGCUAAACAUGACUCUUUGAGUUCUUGUUGACGUCGCUGGACCAGAAACGAAGUCGUGCUUUGCUUUAGCAACGCACCCCCAAGUGCUCUACAGUUUCCCCGCAAGAAUGGAGUUUCAUUAUGCUCGCCCUGCCCUGCUCUCUGUGGCCCAUCUGUCAGACCCCGCUCGCUCUCAGCGUGUGCUCGGACUUGGACUAAAUCAAGGCGUCAACAGGCAAAAUGAUGGCAACAUCAGCUCAUGUUUGGAGGACUCUUCGUGUCUGCCCGGCAGACCCCCUCGCUCUCUCUCACCCACAGGCUAACCACAGCCAAUCACAGGGGUGCAGGGGGGAGGUGUCAGAGAAGAGCCCGCAUUUAAUUGGUGAUGGUCUCACUGACUGGAUGACGGAAGAAGUGGAUUUCUCCUCGUACCUCCCAAAUCCUCCUUCCCCUCCCUCCUCCACCAAUGCCUCCCUUCCCCCUUCACCCCUUCAGAAUGAUAUCCAGGUGCCCUCUGACUUGGAGGUCAUGACCUCUUUGCUGCAAGAGGAACUCGCCCAGCUUGAGGACUACUUCCUGUCUGAUCCACUGCCAGAGAAAGGGCAGAGGCUGGGAAAAUGCGACAGGGGUCCACUGCCGGCGGGUCCUCAGCCAUUCAGUCAACUGCCAUACGCCUCGUACUCUGCGUCCACCCAAUCGGAGUCCAACCCACUUCUUGUUACCCUGGCAACCGGGGAGCUGGACCUGCUGAGCAUCUGUGGUGGGCCCAUAGGGCGAUCCAAAAUUCCUAGACAUGCCCCGUACAGCUGCAGCCGCCCCAGUGGGUGUGGUAGGAAAAGAGUUCUGGAGAGCAUGAGGUUUGGCGAAGGCUACGAAAGCAACGUGUUGGGUUCCAAAGGAAGUAACUCAGGUAACUCUGCUGUGGCCCUGGCGAGUAAUUACGGCUCCGUUGAGGACGAGCAGCUGGUAGGGAAAAGCUACUGCCUGGGUAAUGCAAUCGAGCUUAGACGAUGUGCUGGCUUAUCCAAAGACGAGAAAAAUUGCUGCUUUACCCAAGAUGUGAUGAGUGGCGCCAAGGUUGUUGGUGGCGGGUUUGGCUUUGGUGGAACACUGGACCCUCCUCAGAAGAAAGAGGAUGUGAUGAUGUACAGCAUGAGGGAGGUCAGCGGAAGCACCGCGAACAGCGAGGUGCUGAGCAGCAUCAAGGCCAGCGUGGAGGUGACCAAGGCCACCGUGUCUUGGAAAACCGACAGCGGUGAAAGCUGUUACAUUCCAGCGACGCCUCAGUCCGAGGCCUUCAGCAGCUUCUUGGGGAACAUCAACGAGCAGGUGAAAACAGAGAGUCUGCAGAUGCUACAGCCUGAUUUACACUGCAAUUACCUUGACGAUCAGGCCCCAGAAUGCUUUCUGAUGGCGAGGGAAAGUCUGAAUCUGGACAGCUCAGGGCACAGGCAGGCAUGCAGACUAAGAGAAGACCACUGCGCUGUGAAAUACGAAGAAGACAUCAUUCCACACGAAGGCGGCGAGCGAAAGCAAAAGAAAAGGGAUCAGAACAAAACCGCCGCCCAUAGGUAUCGCCAGCGAAAAAGGGCGGAGCUAGAUUCUUUGGAGGAGCAGCUGCACUGCCUGGAGGGGAGGAACCGCGAGCUGCGAGACAAGGCAGAGUCCGUGGAACGUGAAAUCCAGUACGUUAAAGACCUGCUGAUCGAAGUUUACAAGGCACGCAGCCAAAGGCUCAAGCAGGACACAACACCGUAACGCCACACGACUGCAAGUACACUCAGACCGGGCAAAGCCGAGAAAAUGCGCAACUUUUAUUUGUUUUCUCGUGAACUGAAUGUUUCAUGUUUUUUUUUUUUUCUUUUUCCAUUGGUGUUGUUUUUAUGAUGGGGGGGGGGGCACUGCAUGCUUUGCUGAUGUGAAUUGUUUUCUGAAUUUUUCAAUCAAUUCGUUCUCAUUUGUUUUUGGCACUGAAAUCACCUGAGCCUUCACUGUGGCGCUGCAAUGCUCUACCUGACAAUCAUCUUUAACAGAUCUUCCUCUUUCUCUGAAUCUACUGAAUAACUUUCUUUUUUUUUGGGGGGGGAGAUAUAAUGUCAUUUAAACAGCAGGUUACGUAUUUAUUUUUAGCCUUACAUUGAAAUUGAUGUCAGCAAUAGAAUCUAAAGAGUCUCCUUUUAUUCCUAUUUAAUUAUUUCUUUUUAAAUAAAGUUGCUGUAUGGAAGUAGAUGGAUUAGUACUUGUGUUUUGGUGAAACAUUUCAGCUUUAACAAACUGUUCCUUAUAAUGAGGUUCCGACAUUUCUUCUUUAACAAUCAUUCCUUGUAAUUGUAGACUAAUCAGAACUGUUAAGUUUUAAAAUUAAAGAAAGUUCUGUGAAACAAUCGGAUAUGUUUUUCCUAUUUAAAUAUGACUUCAGAUAUUUUUAAACAACUUGAGUUGCUCUCACGAUCAUACUGGGACUGUCUAAUUCCUCUGCUGUUUCAUAACUUAAUAUAAAAGAUCAAAUCGCUGCAAUAUUUUUGCAGCAACGGCUGCAAGAAAUGUCCAAUUAAUUCUGUGCAAACAAGUGUAAUCCUAAAUGCUUUAAAGUAAACUGAGAUGUUGAAAAAAAACUUUUAUAUUUGGGUGCUUAUAUUGUAAUUAGUGGUGUUUUAGCAGCCUUUCUCUGCAUGCUCUUCCAUUAAUGUAUUUUUUUCUUCUCUGAAACAGAAUAUUUAGAGAUUCAGA